GGAUCCCCACUUCCGCCAGUCAGCUGACCAGAAACCCAGUUAGUGCCGGAAUGCUUGCCGUGCUUGGAAUGAACUUUAGCAAAACAAAAAGAAAACAGCAGAGAAUUUUCCCAGAAAGGCGCGGCUGCAGAAUGAAAACAACCUCAGAAAACAAACCAAAAGUGUCUGUUUCCUUGUGUUGACAUGCAGAAGUAAAAUGUCGCGGCCUCUUCCUGUGAAAAUGGAUGACGCCGAACCCGUGCAGGCGAGUCUCAACUCGUCUUACCGUCCGACUUUAUUCGAGGACGGGAUCACGACGGACGAGGAGGACAGCGAGGAUCACAGUCCGUCUGAGUCUCUGCUCCCCAAACCGUCCCUGUCCCCCCUGGUGGUGCGCUUCACCCCCGAGGACUCCUAUAAUCUGGUCUACGUCCUCUUCUUCCUGAUGGGCAUCGGCUCCCUGCUGCCCUGGAACUUCUUCAUCACGGCCAAACACUACUGGAUCUACAAACUGAGCAACAGCAGCGAUCUCGGUAAAGAGGGGGAGCGUCGCUCCGACAUCAGCGACUAUUUUGAAAGUUACCUGUCCAUUGCUUCCACUGUGCCCUCCGUGUUGUGUCUGAUACUCAACUACAUGCUGGUUAACAGGUUGUCCCCCAGACUUCGAGUCUUGUCGUCUCUGUGGGUGAUCCUGUUGGUGUUCGUGGUGACCACGGCGCUGGUGAAGGUGGACGUGUCCAACGGCCGGACAGACUUCUUCAUCGGGACCCUCGUCAGCGUGGCGGUCGUCAGCGGCGCCUCCAACAUUUUCUCUGGGAGCAUGUUUGGCAUCAGCGGCUACUUCCCCAUGAGGAUCACCCAGGCUCUCGUAUCAGGUCAAGCGAUGGGCGGCACGCUGAGCUCACUGGCGUCUAUAGUGAACCUCGCCGCGGUAGAGGACGUGACAGACAGCGCCCUGUUUUAUUUCCUCACCGCCGACGUUUUCAUCCUGCUCUGCAUCUUCUCAUAUCUGCUUUUGCCCAAACUUGCAUAUUCAAAACACUACAUGGGAGGGACAAAUGAGGGGGGCGGAGCUGCAAGCGUAGUCCCACCCCUGCGGCCGAUCAUCAAGAAGGCGUGGCUGCUGGGGUUCUGUGUCUUUUACGUCUUCUUCAUCUCCAUCUCGGUGUUUCCUGCCGUUUCAUCGGGGAUCCAGUCGGUCGACGUGGCCAGCGGCACCCCCUGGACCACCACCUACUUCGUUCCCAUCACCAGUUUCUUUCUGUACAACUUUGCGGACUUCUGCGGCAGACAGGCCACCAUGUGGGUGCAGGUUCCCGGCCCCACCAGUCGUUUCCUGCCUGCUCUGGUUCUGUGCCGCACCGUCAUGGUGCCGCUCCUCGUGUUUUGUAACUUCCAGCCUCGGGACCACCUCCACACUGUGCUGUUUGCCCGCGAUGUGUACCCUGUGGUUUUUAAUUGCCUCCUCGGUCUCUCCAAUGGGUAUCUAGGAACUCUGCCGAUGAUCUAUGGUCCAAAGGUGGUUCCCCGCGAGCUGGCCGAGGCCACCGGGGUGGUCAUGUCCUUUUUCCUCACUCUGGGAUUGGCUGUUGGAUCUGCAUUCUCUGUUCUCAUCGUGCAUUACAUUUGAUUUGGUCAACUUCCUCACGGAGAACGGCUCCAAACUGAUUUACAACGGUUUGAACUCUGGAAUGAAAGUCUAAAGGUUUUUAAAUCAUGGAUUGUAUCCGACACCUGGAGCGAGUAACGCCACAACCAAGUGAAGUCUAUCCAGUCGCCGUUUGCGACGACCAAGCAGCGAUUGGUCUGAAUGUCUGAUGCAACCACUCAAUCAGGAGUGUUGAAAGACCACACCCUUCACCAUAAGUGGCGUCUAGUCAGUUUAUAACUUGAACCGUUUGUCUCUAGACGUCUAGAAUUUUGCAGAAACUUCCUGUCUGGAGUUACCUGGGGGGAGUCACUCAGUCCAGUUCUCAUUUCAGUGUUCAGGUCCUGAUGUUCAGAAUCUCAUUUUUAUUCAAAUGAGAUUUCAGUGUUUGUUUUGAAAGAUGUCAAAACACAAUAAAACACUUCAAUUUUAACCGUGUUUUCCCAUCAUGUCUGCGUUAUAAGAACUUUAAAAUAGGCCAAUCUUUUCACAAGACAAGUUUUAUUUCAUGAGUUUGCAGAGAACGUUGUUAAACUUUCGUUUCAGUUCACGAACCAACCGACAGUUUAGACCAGAUGUUUAAAUUUGAGAUCCUUUAAGCUUCAUGAACAUGGAUUUACAAAAACAGCAGGAAGAGUGAAAACAAAAAAUUAAAAAUCAAAAACAAGAAUCUGUUACGAAUCACACCGACAGAUGAAGGUAAUGGCCAAUCAGCACACGGCAGCGUCUGUUAGGUCACAUGACCAGACAGUCCGUCUGGUUUUUGGAGGUGAGGAUCACUGCAGGUAAAAACUGGAACAAAAACUGUUCACUAAAGCAAAAAAAAAAAAAAA